UGAACUUCACACUUGAGGAAGUUGAUGAACUGGAAGAGACGCUGACGUGCUUUGAAAAAAAGAAAGCACAACAAUAAUCUUUGCACGUCUCCUGCAGCGUUAACUACCAGAAUGUCCCUCCGCUACCACAACAAAGUUGUGAUUGUCACUGGAGGAUCCCAGGGGAUUGGCAGAGGGAUUGUUAAAGUAUUUGUGGAGAAUGGUGCUAAAGUGGUGUUCUGUGCAAAAGGAGGUGGACAAGGUGAGGCUCUAGAGACGGAGCUAAACAAGGCAGGGCCAGGCUCAUGCAAAUUUGUCACAUGUGAUGUCUGCAAGGAAGAUGACAUCAAGAGAUCGAUUGCUGUCACAGUGGAGCGUUACGGACAUGUUGACUGCCUGGUCAACAAUGUAGGGUGGCACCCGCCUCAUAAACCUACUGAUGACACCACAGCACAGGAGUUCAGGGAUCUGCUGGAUCUGAACCUCAUCAGCUACUUCUUGUUUUCUAAAUAUGCACUGCCGUACCUCCGGCAGCGUCAGGGAAACAUCAUUAAUGUCUCCAGUCUGGUGGCAACCAUCGGUCAGAAAGAGGCUGCACCUUAUGUCGCCACCAAGGGGGCGAUCACUUCCAUGACAAAGGCAAUGGCUGUGGAUGAGAGUCGCUACAACGUGCGAGUGAACUGCAUCUCUCCAGGUAACGUGCUGACACCUCUGUGGGAAGAAUUAGCAGGACAGACACCAGAUGCUGCAGCGACCAUUAAAGCGGGAGAGAAUUCGCAGCUGCUGGGUCGUAUGGGGACUGAGGCCGAGUGUGGACAGGCCGCCUUAUAUCUCGCUGCUGAUGCUACUUUCUGCACCGGGAUAGACCUGCUGCUCAGCGGCGGAGCUGAACUCAACUACGGCUUCAAGAGUCAGAUCCCAUCCUGACUGUCCUGGUCUCCCAAAUCCUCCUGAUGGUUGUGGAACAGCUGGUUUAAAGGAUUACAUUUGUUUAAUGCUGAUUUUUUUUAUAUAAUGUUUAAAGUGUGCUGGCUACAUUAGUAACACCAAUACUAACUGUUCAAUAUUCAUUCAUGAAAAUAAAUUUUUUUAAA